AUGGCACCUGGCGUCCUCGAGCCAGCAGCGACUGCUGAAAAGGUGGUUUCGCUCGCUGCCCUCACCGAAAGCUACGAUGACACCCUCCGCUUCUACCUCAACGGCACAAAGGUCGAGCUGGACUCAGUGGAUCCAGAAAUCACAUUACUUGAAUAUUUAAGAGGCAUUGGCUUGACAGGAACAAAAUUGGGCUGUGCAGAAGGUGGUUGCGGUGCCUGCACCGUCGUCGUCUCGCAGUUGAACCCCACCACAAACAAGAUAUACCAUGCUUCGGUCAAUGCAUGUCUGGCUCCGCUGGCCAGCGUGGACGGCAAACAUGUCAUCACAAUCGAGGGAAUCGGUAGUUCAAAAAAUCCACACCCUGCCCAACAACGGAUUGCCAUGGCUAGUGGAAGCCAGUGCGGUUUCUGCACGCCUGGAAUAGUCAUGAGCUUGUAUGCUUUGCUCAGGAAUCACGGCCCAGAGCCGUCCGAACUGGAAGUCGAGGAGAAUUUUGACGGCAAUCUAUGUCGAUGCACGGGUUAUAGGCCCAUCCUGGACGCUGCUCAGAGCUUCAACAAGGUGUGUGGCAAGUCGACUGCAAACGGCGGCUCUGGGUGUUGCAUGGAGAACGGCGGCUCAUGCAAUGGCGCCCCAAAUGGUGAGACAAAUGGUGCGGAUGCAACCGUCGAGAAGAAGUUCACGCCUCCAUCUUUUAUCCAUUAUGACAAGUCCACGGAAUUAAUAUACCCUCCAGCACUGAAGAAGCAUGAGUUCAAACCGUUGGCUUUUGGCAACAAGAGGAAGAAAUGGUAUAGACCUGUGACCCUCCAACAGCUGCUUGAGAUCAAGAAUGCCCAUCCGGGCGCCAAGUUGAUUGGUGGCAGCACCGAGACCCAGAUUGAGAUCAAGUUCAAAGCCGCGCAGUAUUCGGCGUCCGUUUAUGUGGGGGACAUUGCAGAACUGCGACAGUAUUCUUUCCACGACGAUUAUCUAGAGAUUGGAGGCAAUGUUGCCUUGACGGAUUUGGAGAACAUCUGCGACGAAGCCGUUAGACACUAUGGAUCCACCAAGGGUCAAGCAUUCAAAGCCAUCAAGAAAGCCAUCAGGUAUUUUGCGGGCCGUCAAAUCCGGAAUGUUGGCACUCCCGCGGGGAAUCUAGCGACAGCUUCACCUAUCUCUGAUCUCAACCCAGUUUUUGUUGCAACAAACUCGACUCUGAUUGCCAAAUCUCUCACUAAGACAACCGAAAUUCCUAUGGCGAGCUUUUUUAAGAGCUACAGAGUGACUGCGUUACCAGGAGACGCUGUCAUUGCGGCAAUGAGGAUCCCGCUCACCGCGGAGAAAGGAGAGUAUGUCAGGACCUACAAGCAAUCGAAGAGGAAAGACGAUGAUAUCGCCAUAGUCAAUGCUUGUUUGCGAGUCGCCUUGGACGACGACUACAAAGUAAAAAAUGCCAACCUGGUGUACGGAGGCAUGGCUCCUAUCACCAUCGAGGCCAAGCAGGCUUCUGAGUACAUUGUGGGCAAGACUUUUACAGACCCUCAGACGCUGGAAGGAGUGAUGAACGCGUUGGAACAUGACUUUAACCUUCCGUUUGGUGUACCAGGAGGCAUGGCUUGGUACCGCAAAUCAUUGGCUCUGGGAUUCUUCUACCGCUUCUACCAGGACGUCCUCCUCAACAUCGAAAAAGCUAGCAAAGAAGCGGACAAAGAAGCAAUCGAAGAGAUUGAAAGGGAAAUUUCUCGAGGCGAGAAGGAUCAUGAUGCAUCCGUUGCUUACUCACAGAAAAUCCUCGGAAAAGAGCACCCUCACAUGGCCGCAUUGAAACAAUGCACUGGCGAAGCCCAGUACACAGACGAUAUUCCAGUACAGAUGAACGAGCUUAUUGGCUGCUUAGUUUUGUCGACAAAAGCACAUGCGAAGUUGAUCAGCGUUGACCCCAAUCCGGCUCUCCAGCUUCCAGGCGUCGUCGCCUGGGUUGACAGGCAUGACUUCGUCGAUCCAAAGGCGAACUGGUGGGGGGCUCCUGUUUGCGACGAGGUCUACUUUGCCGAAGAUGAAGUCUUCACGGCUGGUCAGCCUAUCGGAAUGAUCCUGGCGAACACUUCUCAGCAAGCUGCUGCCGGUGCACGGGCCGUGCUAGUACAGUACGAGGAGCUGCCGGCUAUCUACACCAUCGAAGAGGCGAUAGAGAAGCAAAGCUUCUACGAGCACUACAGAUAUAUCCGCAGAGGUGAUGUUGAGAAGGCGUUCACAGAAUGUGACUACGUUUUCGAAGGCACGUCGAGAAUGGGUGGCCAGGAGCAUUUCUACCUAGAGACCCAGGCGUCUUUGGCAAUUCCCAAACCAGAAGACGGCGAAAUGGAAAUUUGGAGCAGUACCCAGAACCCCGCCGAAACACAGGCGUAUAUUGCAAAGGCCCUAGGCGUACAAUCAAACAAAAUUGUCUCCAAGGUCAAACGUCUUGGUGGUGGAUUUGGCGGCAAAGAGACUCGAUCUGUUCAGCUAUCCACCAUUUGCGCCGUUGCAGCCAACAAGGUCAAGCGACCGGUUAGAUGCAUGCUCAAUAGGGACGAGGAUAUCAUGACCUCCGGACAGAGGCAUCCUUUCCUAGGCAUUUGGAAGGUUGGAGUCAACAAGGAUGGUAAAAUCCAGGCUCUCAAAGCCAACGUCUUCAACAAUGCUGGGUGGUCCCAAGAUCUGUCCGCAGCAGUCGUUGAUCGAGCACUAUCGCAUAUUGACGGUUGCUACAACAUCCCCAAUGUGGAUGUGGACGGGCGCCUCUGCAAGACAAAUACUGUCUCUAAUAGUGCUUUCCGUGGCUUUGGUGGCCCUCAAGGCAUGUUUAUUGCUGAGUCGUACAUGGAGGAAAUUGCAGACCAUCUGAAAAUCCCCGUUGACAAGUUCCGAGAAAUCAAUUUCUACAAAGACGGCGAAGAGACGCACUUCAACCAAGCGCUGGAGGAUUGGCAUGUGCCCUUGAUGUACAAGCAGAUCAAAGAGUCUGCCGACUACGAGGCGCGCCGCAAAGCGGUCGAUGAAUUCAACGCCACGCACAAAUGGCAAAAGAAGGGAUUGGCGAUCAUUCCGACGAAGUUCGGCAUCUCAUUCACUGCCCUCUUCCUCAACCAAGCCGGUGCUCUCGUUCACAUCUACCAUGAUGGUUCCGUCCUCGUUGCCCACGGAGGUACCGAGAUGGGCCAGGGACUGCACACCAAAAUCUGCAUGAUCGUGGCCGAAGCUCUUCAGGUACCUCUUACGGACGUGCACAUCUCAGAGACGGCAACCAACACUGUUGCCAACUCUUCGAGCACAGCGGCAUCAGCGUCAUCAGAUCUGAAUGGCUACGCAGCGUACAAUGCGUGCAUGCAGAUCAACGAGCGCCUCGCCCCGUAUCGCGAAAAGCUCGGCCCCAAUGCCACGAUGAAACAGCUGGCUCACGCUGCGUACUUUGAUCGUGUCAACCUCUCCGCGCAGGGGUUCUACAAGACGCCCGAGAUCGGAUAUAUAUGGGGACCGAAUCCUUCUGACCCAAGCAAGGAGAACACGGGUAAGAUGUUCUUCUACUUCACGCAGGGUGUCACCGCCAGUGAAGUUCUUAUCGAUACCUUGACCGGUGACUGGACCUGCCUGCGGUCAGACAUCAAGAUGGACGUCGGGCGAAGCAUCAACCCGGCAAUCGACUACGGGCAAAUCGAAGGCGCUUACGUCCAAGGCCAAGGCCUCUUCACCACCGAGGAAUCUCUCUGGCACAGGGCGAGUGGGCAGAUCUUCACCCGCGGUCCCGGGGCGUACAAAAUCCCAGGAUUCAGAGAUAUCCCCCAGACCAUGAACGUCUCCCUGCUGAAGGACGUGGAAUGGAAAAACCUCCGCACGAUCCAGCGCUCCCGGGGCGUCGGCGAACCGCCUCUGUUCAUGGGAAGUGCGGUCUUCUUCGCGAUCAGGGACGCCCUCAAGGCCGCUAGGAAACAGUACGGCGAGGAAAGCGUGCUGAGCUUGAGAAGCCCUGCGACGCCCGAGAGGAUCCGGAUUUCGUGUGCGGAUCCCAUCCUGAAGAGGUGCCUGGUCGAGCCGAGAGAGGGCGAGAAGAGUUUCUUCGUCUCGAUUUGA